AUGCAUUUGAUUGAGCGACAUCUCGGUGCUGAAUCAACUCUGCUGCACCAGCUUGGUAAUUGCAAGCACUCCUUUGAGAGUCUGAAGGGAAGACUCGCGGUCAUAGAGCCUACACUGAGCACCCUUGAUGCUUCCGUCCAGUCUUUGACGACCACUGAAAGCAGUCUACUCGAGGACCUUCGCAGGUUUUGUGAGAAGCUAGCCGAUGCGCAAAUUCAACCAUCCAGUCCUGGUCUGGAAUUGGAGCUGUCGAACAAGUACGCCGAGAACACUCAGCUGCAGCUUCAACUUCAAGACACUUCACUCAAGACCACAUCUCUCCUUCAGCGACUCGAUCAAAGCGAAGCACAAAAACUUGCAAUCCAACAAUCAUUGACAGAAGCCACUGCAGAAUGUCAAAAAGCCGAAAUCCUCAACCGCACAAUCGAAACCGAAAAGCUUGCUUUGCAAGGCGAAGCCGCGUUGGCUGAACAGAAGAUUCGACAUGAGCUCAUCGCGGAAUUUACCGCAUCAAAUGAUCGCAUUAACCAAGAAUACAAGCAAAAGCUUCAGAGAGUCCAGAAGGAGAAGGAUGAUCUUGAGGAUGGAUCUAAAGAGGUCCUUGCCCAGCUCGGGGCUAUUCGUGAUUCCUUGGUUGAGGAGACAGAGCAGCAGAUUCAAGAGCUCACCGCAUCCUGUUCCGAGGCAAUGGCUAAGCUGGAUUCUCAAGCAAUGCUCAUCGAACAGUAUCAGGAAUUGGAGACCGCGUCGGCAACCGAGAAAAGCGAUAUUCGGGAGCAACUCAAACAAGCCGAAGACAAGGUUCAAGAACUUGAGAGCGCAUUGGCAUCCAAGGACGGGGCAAACAACCCACCGGAACGUCCCACCAAUAUUGUGCCUUUUGCAGCUUUUGAGAACAGGAUAUCUCCAGAUAUAGACCCGUGGCCGUACGAUGAUCCGACUGACUUUGCAAUGCUUUUCAUCACAGACGAAUCAGCCCCGCCGUCGCCUGCUGUGAAAAGCAUCAAGGGGCCCCAGGUCAAUCUUGAAAAUACCCCACCAGCACAUGAUGUGCCACGGUCAGGGAAGGACGAACAGCGCUUUCUUGACAUUCCAGGAGAUUCAGGCCAAUCUCGAGUGCACAGGAAGCGAAAGGCCGUCAAUUUUGAUGCAGUGCCCUCCGGGAAAGACUCCAAAACGACUACCAGGACAAAUUCUGGUCCGCUACAAGCCCAGGAUGACGUGGAGAACCACCGUAACAAAUCAUCUAAGCACCUCCACAAAUUCACUUACAGUCGUGUUCACACAACAUCUACCAGAAUUCAACAGGAGCAAUCCACUGGUCCUGCGCGGCCGUCCAUCACCGAGCGGUCGACUAGCCCAAAGGGCCUUGUCUCUGCGAGCAGCGGAGUUCAUCUUGCUAGCAAGCCAAACACCCGCAGUCGUGGCCGACGCCGUUCACGAGGUGAACACUAUGAUGCUCGGUUCAGCCAAGAGGGCUGA